CGUGCUGAUCUUUCUUUCGUUUCUUGCUCCAGGAAUUCCAAAGGUACCAAAACUGAUCCGCAUUCACCAGCCAUUCAUUCAACCGGAGCCAUUGACUUCACCGGACCGGUUCCAACAGCACGGCACGAAAGCACCUAAACGCCGAACCCACAUCCGAUAUCUAGUAUGUCGCGCGCACCUCGUCCCCGCCGAGCGCAGCACACCGAGUUGCCCUCGAUAUACACGAAGUUCGCGCAGAUGAACUCGGCACCACCACAGUACAUGAUACCGCCGCCGCCACCUCCACGACCUCGUUCUGUAGAACAUGAGCCGGUGCCUUCGUCGAGGGCUUCCAGAAGACCUACGUCGUUGCAACAACCACAGCAGCAAUAUCGACGCCAACACAGCUGUCCACCUCCACCGCCCCCUCGAGAACCAUCUCGUACACCACCACAGCAACUGCCCUCUCGUCAGCGAGAUUCUCCACCACCACUGCCACCGAAGCAGCCAUCGUGCCAACAGCAGUCGGUCUACCACCAGCCACAGGUUCCGCCACCAGUGCAGCAGCAGCAAUACGAUUACUAUCAGCCUCAAACUCGGCAACCAGUGCAGCAGCAGCAGCACUACAAAUACUCCCAGCCUCAAGUUCGGCCGCAAGCGCACCAGCACCAGCAGGAGCAAUAUGAGUACUUCCAGCCUCGUCAGACAGUCUGUCCGCCGGCACAACCACACAACUAUCCACCAGCUCCACCAAAGCCACCGCAGUACGCCGAGCCUACUCGACCAUGCUCAAACACACGGCCUCCGAAUUCCCACCGAGCAGUGUCCGACCCAGCCCGUCAGCGGUCAAGAACACCGCCAUCGCAGCAACCUCAAAGCCGUCCACUAUGCCAGAUAACCGCCAUGCCCGAUGUCGCGAGACCCUCGUCGACGACUCGACGAACAACCUCGGACCCAUUGCGACGACCACAGCUCACGGCAGCCCCAUCCGCAUCACAGCAACCCUCCUCUCAUCCGGGUCCCGGCGAGGAAAAUCUUCCGGUCCCCCUCCGCAUUUCGCGCCCCGUCUCCCUCACCCGCGGCACUGCAAACGCCAGAAGGAACCGGCAGACGAUGCCGGCCCUGCCCACGCAGAACAAGUACGUUUCGCAGGGCCCACGCCCGCGCAGCAGCGAAUAUCUCGCCUUCCACCCAGCGCAGAACUCCAACGACGUCGACGAGAUCUCGGCAAUGCUGCAAGCCGAAAUCGACGACAUCGAGCGGCAAUCCUCGGCGGAGGAGGCGGCGGAGGAGGCUCACGAAGAAGAAUCGUCAGAAACAGAAGUCGAGCUGAUCGACGACAUGGAGCGCCAGUUCCUCGGCCCGGCAAUGCUGCAGAGCGUGUGCACAUUCGUGCCCGCCACGCCAAAACAGAGCAUGUCCACGCCCGUCGAAAUGCCGUCCACCCCAGCGCGGCGACCGUCUUCACCACCACCACCACCACCGAUGAACCCGCCCACGCAGCACUACGACGAGGCCAUUCCCCCGCCGCAGGCGUGGACCCCGAGACCGCUGGAAAUGCCGCGCUCAUCCACCUUUUUCGUGCGCGAAGUCAAGCCGGCGCGCGCAAAAAUCCACCUACCAACGAUCAUCACGAACACCACCAUGGUAGCUCCACACAGCGCAGCCUUCCACCGCGUGCAAGCAGCGCAGCCCUCCCCAUCCCCCUCGCCCUCCCCCUCGCCCAUCUCCCCCCCCUCCCCAGGGCCUAUGCUCCCGCGCACCCCCACUUCACCCACUUCGCCCACGCCCACCGCCACCCCUACGAUAUCAGAAUCCAAACCGCAGAUCUCGAACCUGUUCAACGAGAUCAGACGCACGCUGACGUUUAAGGAUAAGUACGUCCGCGAUGAGGACGAGGAGGAGGACGAUGAGGAGUAUACCGACGAGUUUGAUGAGGUCUUGCAGGUUUAUACUGGUAGUGCGGCGGGGGCGGGACAGGGUGUGGGAGCGGGAAUAGGAGCGGGAGUGGGUGCGGGGAUGGGAAUUGCGGGCGUUCUCAGGAUUGGGACGGUUAGGCGGUAGGGCUGGAUGCGAGGGGAUGGGGGUGAUGGGCAAGAGAUGAGAUGGAAGGGGAGGCGGUGGGGAGGGGGGGCGAUGGGUAAUGGGGAAUGGGCGAGUGGUUCUGGGGGUUGGCGGUGGAGGUUGGCAGUGGAGGCGCGGUCGAGUUUGGGGAGUCAUGGCGGUGGAGGAACGGAGCAUUGGUGGAUUUGCAUAUGGGCGUCUCUCUUCUGUCUUCUGCCUUUUGAUUUUUGGUGGGAAUGCUGGGAGGUAACCGGGCAGGUUCAAUCGGUAGUGCUCGAUUGGUUAUUCAAGUGAUCAGUGAAGACAAGGCGGUGCCGGAACGGAAGCAUUUCCAUUUCGUUGCAUUUUAGGGAUUUACAAUUUUACAUAUGGGCGUUUCUCAAUAUUUUUUCUCUAUUUUUCUUAGUAAGAAUACAUACCGAGUUCUAGUUCUAGUUCUAUUUUAUAGUACUGGCGACACUGAGACCCG